CUACCUCUCUGGAUGUCCCUGUCUCUUCUCCAACAGGGCUAAGGGGUUCCAAGCCCUUCUUCCCUCUCUGAGAACUCUUGAGAGUGUGGACAACUCCCCACCUGCUUCUUGGUCCCUCUAGAUACCUGCAGACGUUUCUCAGGAACAUGCUGACCCCUCUAGAAUCAUCUCAGUCUCUCUGAACCUGAGGGAUCCUUCUUGGGCUCCUCUGGCCACCUCAGCCCUGUCUCAGUCCCUCAGGAUGUUGCCCAGGUCCCUCCUAAGACCCUCUAAAUGCCCCCCAAGCUCCUGCCCGUCUCUCUAGUUCCUCCUGCUGGUUCCUCUUGGCCUCUCUAGAAACCCCCAGUUUCCUUGCCUGGUAGCCCAGGGCCUCUCCAAGCCCCCAUCAUCCUGGAGACAGCCACAUUCUCCUAAACGCCACACCCCCCGAGUCUCAGGGGGCUUGGGGAGCCCCAGGAUGGCGGCAGGAGUGGCCACGUGGCUGCCCUUUGCUCGGGCUGCCGCGGUGGGCUGGCUGCCCCUGGCCCAGCAGCCCCUGCCCCCCGCGCCGGGGGUGAAGACGUCUCGAGGGGAUGAGGUUCUGGUGGUGAACGUGAGCGGCCGGCGCUUUGAGACCUGGAAAAACACGCUGGAUCGCUACCCAGACACUCUGCUGGGCAGCUCGGAGAAGGAGUUCUUCUAUGAUGCAGACUCAGGCGAGUACUUCUUCGAUCGCGACCCGGACAUGUUCCGGCACGUGCUGAACUUCUACCGCACAGGCCGGCUGCACUGUCCGCGGCAGGAGUGCAUCCAGGCCUUCGACGAAGAGCUGGCCUUCUAUGGCCUGGUCCCCGAGCUUGUGGGCGACUGCUGCCUUGAAGAGUACCGGGACAAAAAGAAGGAGAACGCCGAGCGUCUGGCAGAGGACGAGGAGGCCGAGCAAGCUGGGGAUGGUCCUGCCCUGCCAGCGGGCAGCUCCUUGCGACAGCGACUCUGGCGGGCCUUUGAGAACCCACACACAAGCACCGCGGCGCUCGUUUUCUACUAUGUGACUGGUUUUUUCAUUGCCGUGUCUGUCAUCGCCAACGUAGUGGAGACCAUCCCGUGCCGCGGCCCCGCGCUGCGGCCACCGAGGGAGCAACCCUGUGGUGACCGCUUCCCGAUGGCCUUUUUCUGCAUGGACACAGCUUGUGUGCUCAUAUUCACCGGGGAAUAUCUCCUUCGGCUCUUCGCGGCCCCCAGCCGUUGCCGUUUUCUGCGGAGUGUCAUGAGCCUCAUUGAUGUGGUAGCCAUCCUGCCCUACUACAUUGGGCUUUUUGUGCCCAAGAAUGAUGAUGUCUCGGGUGCCUUUGUCACUCUGCGCGUGUUCCGCGUCUUUCGCAUCUUCAAGUUUUCUAGGCACUCACAGGGCUUGCGGAUUCUGGGCUACACACUCAAGAGCUGUGCCUCUGAGCUGGGCUUUCUCCUCUUUUCCCUCACCAUGGCCAUCAUCAUCUUCGCCACUGUCAUGUUCUAUGCUGAGAAGGGCACCAGCAAGACCAACUUUACCAGCAUCCCUGCAGCCUUCUGGUAUACGAUUGUCACCAUGACCACACUUGGCUAUGGAGACAUGGUGCCCAGCACCAUUGCUGGCAAGAUUUUUGGAUCCAUCUGCUCACUUAGUGGUGUCUUGGUCAUUGCUCUGCCUGUGCCAGUCAUUGUAUCCAACUUUAGCCGUAUCUACCACCAGAACCAGCGUGCUGACAAGCGCCGGGCGCAGCAGAAGGUGCGCCUGGCAAGGAUCCGAUUGGCAAAAAGUGGAACCACCAACGCCUUCCUGCAGUAUAAGCAAAACGGGGGCCUUGAGGACAGUGGCAGUGGGGAGGGACAGGCAUUGUGUGUCAGGAACCGUUCUGCUUUUGAGCAACAACAUCACCAUUUGCUGCACUGUCUAGAGAAGACGACGUGCCAUGAGUUCACAGAUGAGCUAACCUUCAGUGAGGCCCUGGGAGCUGUCUCGCUGGGUGGCCGCACCAGCCGCAGCACCUCUGUGUCCUCCCAGCCAGUGGGGCCUGGCAGCCUGCUAUCAUCUUGCUGCCCCCGGAGGGCCAAGCGCCGUGCCAUCCGCCUUGCCAACUCCACUGCUUCAGUCAGCCGCGGAAGCAUGCAGGAGCUGGACACACUGGCAGGGCUUCGGAGGAGUCCUGCCCCUCAGAGCCGCUCAAGCCUCAAUGCCAAGCCCCAUGACAGCCUUGACCUGAACUGCGACAGCCGGGACUUCGUGGCCGCCAUCAUCAGUAUCCCCACCCCUCCAGCCAACACACCAGAUGAGAGCCAACUUUCCUCCCCUGGCAGCAGUGGUGGAGGUGGUGGCAGGGCUAGUAGCACCCUCAGGAACUCCAGCCUGGGUACCCCCUGCCUCCUUCCUGAGACUGUUAAGAUCUCUUCUCUGUGAGGGGUGGGCCUGCCCAUUCAGAGGGUCCUCUUCAUUCUUGGAGACUCCCUUCCAAAGCCAUAUUUUGAGGAGGCAGAGAGGGGAAGGGCUGGGGACUCCUUCUGCCCCCUGCAGAGAACUAUGCAAUGGAGUUUCAUGGAAAUACCCACCUGAUGGAAAGGAGUCUGGAAAUGGGAAAUUGUCCCACCCCAGACAGUUUUCUUGGUGAGAGCGGAAGCUCUGGUUUUUCCACAGGCCCCUGGCCUCCUUGCCCCAGCACAGUGGGACUGGUUCUUCUCCCCCAGCUGGUCUACUGCAUGCACCUCUCCUCGGGCCCUCGGAGGUAGGAAAACCUCUCCCCCAUCUGACAUGGGAGCUCUGACCUGACAAGGAGAGUUGAGAUUCCUCUUCUCUUUGGCUGGGCUGUGGAAGUUUGGGGGUUCAGAGAAGGGAACCCUCAUCACUGAUCUAGCCCCUAGGAGACAUCCUUGCCCUCCACCAGGCCCAGCAAUUCCCAGAUUCCGAAGCUUAUAAUGCAACCAUGGGCUUCAUGAGCUGUGACCUCAGCAGUGACCUGCCACCCCUAGGCCUUAGCUGAAGGGUUGGGCUGCCUCUCCCAACACACAGAUAGCACAAACACCACCGCCCCCUUCUCUGGCUGCUGGAAGUGGGCUCCUGCCACCCUGUCCUCUGCUGGGCUUCCAGGAAACUAGCAAUAGCAGCUGCUGCUGUGACAAUAUGCAAAGCCUCUGACCAGUUUGCUGCAAAAUUUACAUCUGCCUUGAUCAGAUGGGCCACCUCUAACUACUCCUCCUUCUCUCUUCUCUUCCUGGGUUGGGCUGGAGUCUGGACUGGCUGAGAUAAGAGCCUGGCAGCCAGCAAGAGCUGAGUUGUGUUUGGAGAUCAUGGGCCAAUUCCAUGUUCUUGGGCAGGAGCCCAGAAGUGUCAAGGCCUGGGAUCUGGGCUGUUCCUGAAUUCUGUGAGUUAUAGGAGGAACUUCUUGAUCACCUCCCCCAGCUCCACCCCAUAUAAGCAUCUCACUCCUGGGUCACCUUUUGGAACUCUGCUGUCAGGCUGAAAUCCUGAUACCAUCUCAGAUUCCCUGUCCCUAGCACUGUCCUCCUGGAGCUAGUGGCUGACAAAGAUGUAGUUUCCAUCAGUCAAUAAAACCUGAGAGAAG